GGACUACCGUUAUUAUUUUUUUUCAUAUAAAAUAUUGUUUACCACAAUUUACACAUUGUCACGUUUGACACUGACAAGUGAGCGGUUAGAUAAUAGAAUGCUGAAAUUAAGCAAGUAUAUUGCACUUUUUUCCGUAUUAUCUCUAUUUUCAUUAUUAAAUGCUACAACUAUAGAUGAGGUGCAACAAAAGUAUAUAGAGAUCAUAAUGGAAUGCUCCAAGGACUACCCUCUAACAGAUGAAGAUAUUGCGCAGCUUAAGGAUAAACAGUUUCCCGAUAAGGAUGACGUCAGAUGUCUUUUUGCUUGUGCCUACAAGAAAACAGGAAUGAUGGAUGAUCAGGGCAAGCUAUCUGUGGACGGCGUGAAUAAUUUAGCAAAGAAGUAUUUUUCCGACGACGAAGAUAAGCUUCAGAAAUCUCAAAAGUUUACUGAAGCCUGUGCUGGGGUAAAUGACGAGGCUGUUAGCGACGGUGAAAAGGGUUGUGAGAGAGCUGCUUUGAUUUACAAAUGUUCUAUUGAACAAGCACCUCAGGGUUUGACAGAUGAAGAAGUGAAGAAAGAGUUUAUUAAGGAAGUAAUGACAUGCACGAAAGACAUUACAGUUGAUAUGUUUGAUCUCAUGGAGUUGGAACAACUUAAAGUGCCAACCAAAACUAAUGUGAAAUGUGUUCUUGCCUGUGCUUACAAGAGAGUUGGCACGAUGAAUAAAGAGGGCAAAUACGAUAUCAAAGAAGCUUAUAAAAUUUCAGAAACUAUGAUGAAAGGCGACGAUAAGAGAAUUGAGAACGGAAAGAAAUUGGCAGAUUUAUGCAGUAAAGUUAACGAAGCAGAUGUGCGUGAUGGCAAUAAGGGAUGUGAGAGGGCUGCUCUAUUGUUCAAAUGUGUCAUCGAAAAUGCACCGAAGCUCGGCUUCAAAGUCUAAAGAGGUUGUACAAAAUCGAUAAAAAAUUAUUAAAUAAAUUUGGGCAAA